GCCCACUUUUAUGAUGACAAUUAUUAUGCAUUCUGAUGUAACUCGCCCUUUUUUAAUUAAUAGCUAUACGAAGAGUAUAUAUAGAGGGUUUUUAUUUAAAUGUCUUUUAAAAUCUGACAAAUUUUGAAGAUCUCGCCAUGAAGGUUCUAGUUCUUUGUACGUUGAUAGCUCUCUGCAGUUCAACGCCAUUAUACAACUACGUAAAUCCUAACUAUCCUUUAUUGUAUAAUACUGGUACAAGUCAACAGUAUAAUGACCGAGAUGGAGCUGGUGGCUAUCAAUUUGGAUACGAUGAAGAACAUACUUCUGGCGGAUCAUUCAGAAAAGAGACUGGUGACGUCUAUGGCAACAAAUAUGGCUCUUACGGUCUACGGGAUGCUGAUGGUCGAUAUCGAGUCGUAAACUACGUCGCUGAUUCAGCUGGAUUUCGAGCUGAUAUAAAAAGUAAUGAACCAGGUGUUGCACCGAAAGAUCCUGCUUCAACUACUAUCAAUAAACCAGCUGUGUACGCUUCUACAGUUUAUCACAAUCCCAUCGCUCCAGUGGCACAAUAUCCAGUAGUGUUCCAAAGUCCUUACGUUGCUCCCGUCAGUUCUUAUUACAAAGGCAGUCCUUACUACAAAGGCACUCCAUUCACAAGAUUCACUCCUUCAUACAUUCCUGCAUCACCCAAAGGAUCUCCCUACAGACGUCCCGGUUAUUUCAUUUAUCCCUAAACUGAGCUCUUGAAUCUUGCUGUCAAACUACUGGAACUCCCAACGAUUUUUAUUAGUUGCCAAAUUUUUGUGGUUAUGUGGUUAUUUUUAAUAAUAAAACAAUUUGCAAAACUGUA